AGCGGAGCAUUACCUCAUCCCGUGAGCCUCCGCGGGCCCCAAGAAGAAUCUUCUAGGGUGGGGUCUCCAUGGCGACGGGCGGGCCCGCCCCCCAGAGAGCGACGCGAGCCAAUGGGAAGGCCUUGGGGUGACAUCAUGGGCUAUUUUUAGGGGUUGACUGGUAGCAGAUAAGUGUUGCGCUCGGGCUGGAUAAGGGCUCAGAGUUGCACUGAGUGUGGCUGAAGCGGCGAGGCGGGAGUGGAGGUGUGCGGAUUCAGGGAGACAGACAUACAGACACAGUCCGCCCCGCCAAGAAGCCAGUCCGAACUGCAGGUCUGAUUUUUCCUCUUCUACUACCCCGAUCUAGCGUGCCUGUAGCUCCUGGGCUGGUGUUCCCGGGAGCACUGGGAGAGCAGCUUCUCCAGCCGCCCCCAGGAGGAGAGCCCCCACUGCCCGGGCGCUACUGACAGCGACGACUGCCCGCCCACCCGGAGAAGUCUGCGAGCGACUGCAGCGGCUAAAGAACUUUCUGGGCCCGGGAGGACCAGGGGGGACAAGUAGCCCUGGGUCCCGGAGCGAACUUUCGCAAACCUUUCCUGCGCUUUCGGCUGUCGCGGCCAAAAGAGGAGCGACCAGGAGGAACGCGCGCUCGCUCCGCUCGCACCCCGGCCUCGGCCUCUGAACUUGGCCAGCCGCGAGUCGCUGCUGCCGGGCGCCCCCUCUUCCUCGCAGCGGAAGAGGGCGACCAGUGCUGGGAGGCCAGGCGGUGGAGAUUGGCCACCGCUGCGGGGUCUGCUACGCCGGGGCUGUGCUGCGCUGCCAGGAAGCCAGCUCCUCCACGGGCUCCGAAAAUCCGUGAGUGACCGCGACUUUUCAAAGGCGGGCAGUGCGCGCCGAGUGGCCGAGUGGGAGAGCGGGCAGCGCCUUAACCCUGCGCUCCCUGGAGCGGACUGGUGAGCCGGGCGACAAGGGGGUGAAGGCCGGCGGGUGCGCGCGCGCUCCGAAACUUUCCUUGCCAGAAGCCCGAGGAGGCGCGGGUACUCCCCGCCCGCCAGCGCGCUGUUGCGGCCCCGAAACUUCUGCGUGCAGCCCAAACUAAGCCCACGUGAAGUGACGGGCUGUUCUAUGACUGCAAAGAUGGAAACCACCUUCUACGACGAUGCCCUCAACGCCUCGUUCCUCCAGACCGAGAGCGGCGCCUACGGCUACAGCAACCCCAAGAUCCUGAAACAGAGCAUGACCCUGAAUCUGGCCGACCCAGUGGGCAGCCUGAAGCCGCACCUCCGCGCCAAGAACUCGGACCUGCUCACCUCUCCCGACGUGGGGCUCCUCAAGCUGGCGUCGCCCGAGCUGGAGCGCCUGAUCAUCCAGUCCAGCAACGGGCACAUCACCACCACGCCGACCCCCACCCAGUUCCUGUGCCCCAAGAACGUGACCGACGAGCAGGAGGGUUUCGCCGAGGGCUUCGUGCGCGCCCUGGCCGAGUUGCACAGCCAAAACACACUGCCCAGCGUCACGUCCGCUGCACAGCCGGUUAGUGGGGCGGGCAUGGUGGCCCCCGCUGUGGCCUCGGUGGCGGGCGGCAGUGGCAGCGGCGGCUUUAGUGCCAGCCUGCACAGCGAGCCGCCGGUCUACGCCAACCUCAGCAACUUCAACCCGAGCACGCUGAGCAGCGGAGGCACGGCGCCCUCCUAUGGCGCGGCCGGCCUGGCCUUUCCCGCGCAGCCCCAGCAACAGCAGCCCCCGCCGCCGCCACAGCCGCAGCCACACCACCUGCCCCAGCAGAUCCCGGUGCAGCACCCGCGGCUGCAGGCCCUGAAGGAGGAGCCCCAGACGGUGCCUGAGAUGCCCGGCGAGACGCCACCCCUGUCCCCCAUCGACAUGGAGUCCCAGGAGCGGAUCAAGGCGGAGAGGAAGCGUAUGAGGAACCGCAUUGCCGCCUCCAAGUGCCGGAAAAGGAAGCUGGAGCGAAUUGCCCGGUUGGAGGAAAAAGUGAAAACCUUGAAAGCGCAGAACUCGGAGCUGGCGUCCACGGCCAACAUGCUCAGGGAACAGGUGGCACAGCUGAAACAGAAAGUCAUGAACCACGUUAACAGUGGGUGCCAACUCAUGCUAACGCAGCAGUUGCAAACGUUCUGAAGAGAGACUGUCGGGGGCUGAGGGGCAACAGAGAAGAAAAACAAAACACCAACAGACUUGAGAACUUGACCAGUUGCGACAGCGAGAAAAUAAAGCCGCGUCCGAGGACUUGAAAGCCAAGGGUAUCCAAGUUGGACUGGGUUGCGUCCUGACGGCGCCCCCAGUGUGCACGAGAGGGAAGGACUUGGCGCGCCCUCCCUAGGCGUGGAGCCAGGGAGAGGCCGCCCGCGGGCGGCCCCGCUUGGCCGACGGGCUGUCCCUGCGCCAUCAUGAACGUUAGACUUUUCUUUUAACAUUGACCAAGAACUGCAUGGACCUAACAUUCGAUCUCAUUCAGUAUUAGAGGGGGGAGGGGCGGGGUGAAAACUGCAAUAGAGACUGUAGGUUGCUUCUGUAGUACUCCUUAAGAACAUGCCCGGGAGGGCUGGGGGGGUGGGGGUGGGAGGGGAGGGAGUUGGUGAGGGCCAGGCUGAGCCUGCAGAGAAACUCUUUUUUCUGGCCUGCCUUCAUUAACCAUGUAUGUACAGAUAUAUAUUUUUUAAUUUGAUGAAAGCUGAUUACUGUCAAUAAACAGCUUCAUGCCUUUGUAAGUUAUUUCAUGUUUGUUUGUUUGGGUGUCCUGCCCAGUGUUGUUUGUAAAUAAGAGAUUUGGAGCACUCUGAGUUUACCAUUUGUAAUAAAGUAUAUAAUUUUUUUAUGUUUUGUUUCUGAAAAUUCCAGAAAGGAUAUUUAAGAAAAUACAAUAAAAUAUUGAAAAGUA